AUGGUAGUCCUCGUUGACUGGAGAAAGACGGGCAGUCGUGCUCAGCAGCUGAGCGAGAAAGGAGACAAGCGUUUCGUGCGCCUCGACCCUUGGGAGGAGCAGGUCCCCAAGAAGAGGAAAGGCUGGGAAGUGCACACUCAGCAGGGAAAGGGGAAGAGAGACUGGCGGCAGUUUUCUAAAAACAACACGGCUCAAGUCUCGGCGUGUGCCCCCUCGCUCACCCCGCGAAGGCACAGAAGGGUCAAAGCCGGUCCCCGGAGCGAGCGCGGCCGCGCGGUUCCCACCAGGGAGGAGGCGGGCAUCCGCGACUCCAGGCCGCCCCGCGCUGUGCCUCCCGCUUCGCCGCCUCUGUCAACCUGCCAGGUUCGGAAAGGCGCUUCUCCCCCCGAACCUUGGGCUGAGGUCGCCCGGGGUCACCCCAAGUCUGACGCUGCCGCUCGCCCUCCCCGCGCAGCCGGGGGCCGGGACUGGCGGGGGCGCGCCGGGGACGGAGGGGAAGGCUGGAGGAGGCGUCGCGCGCCCGUGGGAGCCAAGGGCCUGGGCUUCCCUCCGCGGCGCUGGCUCCCCGGGGUCCGCGCGGGGCGCGCAUGGCGCCCGGUCUCGCCGCGCCACCGCCCCUUCCGCUCCCCGCAGGCGUCCGACCCCGAGCCUCCGAGUGCCACCUUCCUGCCCCGCGUCCAGGGUCGGAGAGCCAAGGAGGAGGAAAUCCGCGAGCGCGAAGAGGCGCUCGGGAACAGGGCUGGGGGGCGGCCAGCGGCCCCCCCCGGGGGGUGGCGGGUCUCCAGCUCGGGGGCCUGGGACGCCUGGGCGCGGGCGGGCGAGCCAUGGGGUGCAGCUCCGUGCGGCACCGGCCCGCCUGCACCCCCAGGGGCGCUCGUCACCGCGCCCGGCCGCGACCCGCGAGCACGGAGCCCUCGCUUGGGGCCCGCGCGCCCGGGGCCGUCUCUCUCCCGCCCCGCCCCUCGUCCCUCCGCCAAAACCCUUGACCAGAGUCUCCUCGCCAACAUUCCUAAAUCUCUUUUGCCAGCUCUUUGCGCCAGACACCCCGGACCUCCCCUGGGCGCCAGCUCCUCGGCUCCAACCGGUCCAGAAACAAGCCGGGUUUUUUUUUUUUCUUUCUGGAAAUUGGCGUUGGUGUGUUUCCCUCCUCCUCCUCACCCCCCCCCCCUUUUGAGACAUGGCCCGGGCAGUGGCUCCUGGAAGAGGAACAAGUGUGGGAAAAGAGAGAGGAAACCGGAGCUAAAUGACAGGAUGCAGGCGACUUGAGACACAAAAAGAGGAGCGUUUCUCUCGGAUCCAGGCACUGCCUCGCCGCUUCCCUUUCUCGGAGACGGGCUGAGGAUUUCACAGCUCUGGGCGGAGUGCACGCGCUCCGGACUGCGGAGACCGCCCCGGCGUCUGUCUGCCCCGCGCGUUCGCUUCUCCCGCGUCGGCCCG